AUGGCAAUAAGCAAAGCUGAAACCUUACCUCAAGAAAUCAUAAUUGAUAUACUCUCCCUCCUGCCUACAAAAUUCAUAGGCCAAUUUCGGUGCGUAUCAAAGCAAUGGUGCAAUUUUUUGUCAGACCCAAAAUUCAUCAACGCUCACCUCAAUCUACAUUCACAUAAACAAGAAAAAAAACUCAUUUUCAUCUCUGAUUCUCAGGCUCUUCACAUUCUCACUUUUAACCCCCAAAGUGGCGCUGAUUCCAUUUCAAGAAACCUUCAUUUUCAAGGGCUAUCAAACAACUGGGUAAGACUUGUUGGCUCAUGUAAUGGCUUGGUAUUAGUAGUGAAUGACGAAAAUAUUAAAUUUUUAAUCAACCCCAUAACUUUAAAGUACCACAAAAUUCCAACUUUUGAUUUGGCUAUUCCAACGUCAGAUAGCUGUAGCGUGUAUGGUCUAGGAUAUGAUUUUGCUACUGAUGAUUUUAAGGUGGUUACACUUUCUCGAUAUCGAAGGCGUAUUGACAGUACAUUUGUUGAUGUCUACUCUCUGAGAAUGGGUGUAUGGAGGAGACUGGAGAGUUUACCUCAUCAUCGUGUUGUUCGUAUGCAUGCCUCUGGGGUUUUGGUGAAUGGGGCUUUGCAUUGGUUAGCUAGGAAAGCUCCUGAAUUUUCAUAUGCGAUUCUUGCUUUUGAUUUGAGUGAUGAGAAAUUCUUGGAGGUGCCAACACCUACUACUCUUGAUAACGAUAAUUUAUUAUUUAAUAAGUUUUUGGCUCUUAGAGGGUGUCUAUGUAUGUUAUAUGAUACACUAGAAAACAAAAUUUAUAUUUGGAUGAUGAGAGAGUAUCGAGUCGAGGAGUCUUGGACCAAAUUUAGAGUUGGUCGAAUGGAUUUAGAGCAUGGUUUGGUACCAUUUUGUACAAUUAGUGAUGAUGAUAUUGUAGUGAAUGUAGAUAGAGAUAAGUUGACUGUCUACAAUAUGAAAGAGGAUCAGUGGAGAUAUAUGAAGGUUGAUGGAAUAACUUCUAUGUUUGAAAGAACUGGAACUUUCACGGAAGUCUUUUUUCUCCUAUGUUUGGCAAGGGAAUUGAGGGUUACCAUAUUGCUUGAGCCUUGA